AUGGGCUCCCGCGUCCGAGUUCUCAGUGUCACCCAUGUCCGACCCUCUGAAACCUCCAACCCUUUGACAGACAACGACGACCACGCCAUCAAGUUUUCGCUCUUCGACACCAUGUUCCUCCCCUACCAGCCGAUGCAGCAACUCUUCUUCUACGAGGGUGACGACCUGCCGCCCGUCCCUGCCCUGCUCGGCACGCUGCAGUCCUCCCUGCCCGCCACGCUCGCCAUCUUCACCCCGCUCGCCGGCAACCUCGCGGUCUCCAAGUCGGGGGACGUCGUCAUCGACUGCUCCCCGGGCGCCGUCUCCCAGGGCGUCAGGUUCGUCGAGGCCGAGUACGCCGGCAGCACCGACGACAUGCGCCGCCUUGCCAGCGACGCCGAGCACGACGCCGAGGCGUACACGCAGCUCGUGCCCACUGUCGUCGUCAGCGCGCUGCCGGUCCCCGCGCUGGCCGUGCAAGUGACGAGGCCCGCGGACACGGACGACGGAGGCGGGACUGGAGCCGUGGUGGUCGGCGUGUCCAUGUGUCAUGGAGUGGGCGACGGCCAGGCGCUGUGGGAGUUCAUCCGAGCUUGGGCUGCCUGGCGCGGGACGGCUCGCCGGCCUUGCCGGGAUUCCUGCCGCCGUUUGAAAAAUGGGCAUAGGAUAAUUCGCGUUGCAAUCACAUCAUCGUCUGAACAGGUGAACGCAUUCCCAAAACCGGACACGACACUCCAAGGGAGAAGAACCUACCUGCUCAGCGCAAGCCAGAUCCGGUCGCUGAAGCAGCGCAUUUCACCGCAGAGCAAUGGCAAUCUCGCCGACGGCGAGCGCGCACCACCGGCCGCCGUAGCGAAGCCCCCGACCACCUACGCCGCCGUGGCGUCCCUGGUCUGGACGUCCGGCGUCCGCGCCAAGAACGCGCUGAGCCGCACCGACGACGACGCCUACCUCCUGUUCGCCGCGGACUGCCGCGCGCGCCUGCGCCCGCCCAUGCCCGCCGCAUUCUUCGGCAACUGCGUCAAGCUGUGCUACGCGAGGACCACGCGCUACCAGGCGGUCCCGCCGGACAGGUUCGUGCAGAUAGGGUCGUCCAACCGGUUCGCCGCGUACGAGAUCGACUUUGGCUGGGGCAAGCCGAGCCGGGUGGAGCUCGCGGCGGUGUUCGUCAGAGAGUUCGUGGCGGUAGUCGGGGCGGCGGACGGCGCAGUGCAGGUGUCCGUGGUGCUUGACCGGGGACGCAUGGACGGCUUCGAGGCCAACUUCUUGUCGCAGUUGGAUGGUUUGGAAUGA